GGGGCAGGAGCGCGGCUCAGCAGCUCCGGUGGGGCCGAGCCGAACCGAGCCGAGGGGACCAUGCCGUCCUACACCGUCACGGUGGCCACGGGCAGCCAGUGGUUCGCGGGCACCGACGACUACGUGUACCUGACCCUGCAGGGCACGGACGGCUGCAGCGAGAGGCACCUCCUGGACAAGCCCUUCUACAAUGACUUCGAGCGCGGCGCGGUUGACUCCUAUGAUGUGACUGUGGAAGAAGACCUUGGAGAAAUUCAGCUAAUAAAAAUUGAGAAACGGAAAUACUGGUACCAGGAUGACUGGUACCUUAAGUAUAUCACCGUUAAAACACCAGUGGGUGACUAUUUGGAGUUCCCAUGUUACCGCUGGAUUACAGAUGAAAAGGAAAUCGUCCUUCGAGAUGGAAGAGCAAAGCUCCCCCGAGAUGACAAGACUCAGAUUCUCAAGCAGCACAGACGCAAGGAGCUCGAAUCCCGUCAGAAAAUGUACCGCUGGAAGGAGUGGCAUCCAGGCUUUCCCCUGAGCAUCGAUGCCCAUUCUCACAGUGAACUGCCUCGUGACAUCCAGUUUGACAAUGAGAAGGGAAUUGACUUCAUUCUGAACUACACAAAAGCGAUGGAGAAUCUUUAUGUCAACCGUUUCAUGCACAUGUUCCAGUCCUCCUGGAGUGAUUUUGCAGAUUUUGAGAGGAUCUUUGUCAGAAUCAGCAACACAAUCUCUGAAUAUGUGAUGCAACACUGGAGGGAAGAUUUUAUGUUUGGCUACCAGUUCCUGAAUGGAUGUAAUCCUGUGCUGAUCCGGAGAUGCACAGAGAUACCCAAGAAGCUGCCUGUGACCAUGGAUAUGGUAGAAUGCAGUCUGGAGAGGAACCUGACGCUGGAGGAGGAAGUGAAGCAAGGAAACAUUUUCAUUGUGGACUAUGAGCUGCUUGAUGGUGUGGAUGCCAAUAAAACAGACCCAUGCACAAUACAGUACUUGGCUGCACCCAUCUGUCUGCUGUAUAAGAAUCUGGAGAAAAAAGUUGUGCCCAUUGCGAUCCAGCUUGGUCAAAAGCCUGGACCAGACAAUCCCAUCUUCCUUCCUUCGGAUGCCACGUAUGACUGGCUGCUGGCUAAAAUUUGGGUCCGCUCCGCUGAUUUCCACAUCCACCAGACAGUGACCCACCUCUUACGGACACACUUAGUCUCAGAGGUGUUCAGCAUAGCUAUGUUCCGGCAGCUGCCUGCUGUACAUCCCCUCUUCAAGCUCUUGGUUCCACAUAUGCGGUUCACAAUAGCCAUCAACACCAAAGCUCGAGAACAGCUUAUCUGUGAAUGUGGCCUUUUUGACAAGGCAAAUGCUACGGGUGGAGGAGGACAUGUACAAAUGGUGCAGAAAGCAAUGAAGGAUCUGACUUACAGGUCCCUCUGCUUCCCUGAGGAGAUCAAAGCUAAAGGAAUGGACAGCAAGGAGGACAUCCCCUACUACUAUUACCGGGAUGAUGGCAUCAAGGUCUGGGAGGCUAUAAAGAGUUUUGCAGAGGAUGUAAUUCACAUCUACUAUGAGAGCGACGAGGUGGUGUGUGAGGAUGUGGAGCUCCAGGCCUUUGUCAAAGACAUUUAUGUCUAUGGAAUGAGGGGCGUCAAAGCCUCAGGGUUCCCUAAGAUGAUCAGGACACGAGAGACACUAGCAGAAUACCUCACAGUGAUCAUGUUCACUACAUCGGCUCAACAUGCAGCUGUGAAUUUUGGUCAGUAUGACUGGUGUUCCUGGAUUCCCAACGCCCCUCCAACAAUGCGCUGCCCUCCUCCAACAGAAAAGGGGACCGUCACCAUCGAGCAAAUCGUGGAGAGUCUGCCAGACAGAGGACGUUCUUGUUGGCAUCUUGGGGCUGUCUGGGCCUUGAGCCAAUUCCAGGACAAAGAACUGUUUCUGGGCAUGUACCCAGAUGAACACUUCGUGGAGAAACCGGUGAAAGAGGCUAUGGCAAAAUUCCGCAAGAAUUUGGAUGAGAUUGUCAACACCAUCACCGAGCGCAACAAGAACAAAAAGCUUCCUUACUACUACCUUUCCCCAGAUCGUAUUCCCAACAGUGUUGCUGUUUGAGCACAUAGCCAGGAGAGUUUGAAGACCUGUAAAGCUAAUGAUGUUUUUCUGUUAUAUGCCUCUUCAAUUAGCUUUUCAGAAAUGGAUAAGAAAUCCACCCUCUCCAUCAGAGCUUGCUUAAGUCUAUUUGAACUUUCAAAAUAAAUUUGGUUAUUACCAAUCUUGCAAAUAGAGUCUAACUGACAACCUUCUAGGUCAAAUUUGUUACAAAUUUAUUUUUCCAGGAUUUUUAAACUAACCUUAGAAUCGAUAUACAUGUUUCUGUUAUCUUCCCCUCUCCUUGUCAAAACAAUGUGAUCACAGAUUCACAUACUUAAUGGAAAUAGUAUCAUGAGCAAUGUGCAAGUCACAUUUUAAAAUCCUUCCUGUUUUUAAUAGGUGACACAGGGGACAUAAAAAAAUAGAACAUUUAAAGUUUAUGCAUUGUUUUGAAUCAGAUCAAUGUCAAGUAUUUUCGCUACCAUCACGAAUAUCCUAAUCAGGAUGAAGGUAGAAGCAGGAAAUUUUCUUGACACAGCUGAUGGGGUUUUAUCACUUUCUUACCAAGCUCAUGUGAAAUGACAUCUCACAGGAGAUGAAAAUUUUGUAGCUACUUAAACUUAAGUAUUUUCUACAUAAAACUAGGAAGGUUUGUUUUAGCCUCUGCCAGCAGAAUUUGAUGUCAUGUUUGAUUCACAUGUAGAGAGAAAUGUUCUGCUUAAAGCAGUGUCAACAAGUACAGACCUAGCAGCACUUAUGCUCUGUUUCAUUGCUGAGGCUGCUGGGUUUGUGGACAAUUUCUUCUGUUUUGUGGGGAAUGAAGAAGCUACUUUGUAUAAUGGAAAAAUUUGUGGAGAAGGCUUGAUUGACAGCUUCUAAGAGGAAUCUUUAGAUUUGGCCAAUUAAGCAUAACUGGUACAUUCCAUCUUAGUUAUAAACCACUGAGUUUUGUCUGUUUUGUUUAGAGCUGUUUACGUUCAAACACUUGGGCUCUGGUAGAAGUUGAGGAAGUCACUGAGAAAAGCAAAAUUGCGGUUUGUGAAAUUUAAAAGUUGUGGUUUUGCUGAUUAGAAUUUGGGUUUAUUUUUCUGAGAAUUUGUCCCUUGUACUUAAUCUGCCAGCAUUCAGUGCAUUUUCUCAAUAGCUAAGAAGUUUCUUGUGCUAAUAAAACAAAACUGAACAUAAAAUUUCUAUUUCCUAAUUCAGCAUCUAAUGCUGUAUGUCUCAAAAACCUUGUAAGAAUAAACAAAACAUGCUUUGUAGAGAAAUGAAGCUUAUAUCAUUGACAAAUACAGUUAUUUGUAUCAUUCAUGUGUGAUUUGGAAAAGAGUACUACUA